CUCCUCUUUCUCUCUGAGCAGAACUCACUCGCUCUGCUCUGCACCAUGGUGUUCACCUGCCUGCUUCUGUUCGCUGCUCUGCUGCCAUGCCUGAGCCAUUCUGCCAGCGUUAAUGUUGGCAUAGUGAAUGGCACAGAGGCUGAACCUCACUCCAGACCCUACAUGGUUUCUCUUCAGGAAAACGGGAAACACCACUGUGGUGGCUUUCUUGUGUCUGAAUCCUUUGUCAUGUCGGCUGCGCACUGCUGGAACAAUGGGGCGAAUCUGACAGUGGUGAUUGGUGCUCAUGAUCUGGACAACUAUAACUAUUACCGCAUACCAGUGAAGUUCUACCACAUCUAUCCUGGUUACAGGCGUCUUUACAAUGACAUCAUGCUCCUGCAGCUUGAAAAACCAGCCCAAAGGAGCAAAACUGUUGAGUGGAUCUCCAUCCCCAAAACAAAUAAGGAUGUCGAGGCCAAUACCAUUUGCAGCGUCGCUGGUUGGGGAAAAAUUUCAUCUGAAGGCCCUUUAAGUUCCCGUCUUCUGGAGGCAGACGUCAGCGUCAUAGAAACAAAAAAAUGCAAAAGUGACUGGGGACAAUAUUUCUCAGAAUCAAAUAUGCUGUGCGCAGGUUCCGGCCGUGGAUUUUGUCAGGGAGAUUCUGGAGGUCCUUUGGUGUGUAAUAAUAUCGCAGUCGGAGUCGUGUCUUUCUUUGAAAGUGGGAACUGUGACAAACCGACAGUGCCAAACGUCUACACGAAGAUAUCUCAGUUUCUUCCCUGGAUCAAAGAAAUUAUCAAUGAGAAAAGCAGGGUUUUUGAGGAGGAGCACUUGCUACUUGAUGUGAGAACAGGGUCCGCUUGUGGUGAACUUACCUCACCCACCAUGCUACAUAUAAUCUUCUCCCUCACUGAGGUGAACCUUCAUUCUCCCUACAGCACCAUGGCUCUCAUCUCUCUGCUCCUUCUGGCUGCUCUGCUGCCACAGCUGGGCCACUCUGCCAGCGUGAAUGUUGGUAUAGUGAAUGGCACAGAGGCUAAACCUCACUCCAGACCCUACAUGGUGUCUCUCCAAGUAGGGACUCAGCACUUCUGUGGUGGCUUCCUUGUGAGUGAACAAUUCGUCAUGACGGCUGCGCACUGCCAAAAUCAUGGGAUGAAUCUGACAGUGGUGAUUGGCGCUCAUGAUCUGGACAACUAUAACUAUUACCGCAUACCAGUGAAGUUCUACCAUGUCUAUCCUGGUUACAGGCGUCUUUACAAUGACAUCAUGCUCCUGGAGCUUGAAAAACCAGCCCAAAGGAGCAGAACUGUUGAGCGGAUCUCCAUCCCCAAAACAAAUAAGGAUGUCAAGGCCAAUACCAUUUGCAGCGUCGCUGGUUGGGGAAAAAUUUCAUCUGAAGGCCCUUCAAGUUCCCGUCUUCUGGAGGCAGACGUCAGCGUCAUAGAAACAAAAAAAUGCAAAAGUGACUGGGGACAAUAUUUCUCAGAAUCAAAUAUGCUGUGCGCAGGUUCCGGCCAUGGAUUUUGUCAGGGAGAUUCUGGAGGUCCUUUGGUGUGUAAUAAUAUCGCAGUCGGAGUCGUGUCUUUCUUUGAAAGUGGGAACUGUGACAAACCGACAGUGCCAAACGUCUACACGAAGAUAUCUCAGUUUCUUCCCUGGAUCAAGGAAAUCAUCAAUGACUUACAAUGAAACAAUCAAUAAACAAAAUCUUUUCCUUUUGCAUGCAUU